AUGAUCUUGAAAAAUUUAAAUCAACAGCGAGAGCCGAAAUGGAACGAAGGAACCGUAUCGGAAGCAUACUGUAUGUAUAAUUUCUUGAAUUUACAAAUAUUAACUGUUUGAUUUAGACGGUUUCUUCAUUGGAACGUCUCAAGGAGAAAAUGGGGAUCCCGGAUCCGGCAUCUUCGACUAUUAUGGCCGCUUCCUCGGGAUCUCCGUUGCCAAGAAAGACUUCAAGUUUGAUGAUCAAGAAAUCGCUGAAGUGGCAAAUCAUCAUUCCGACACAAAGAUUAUUGAUGUUCGCACCAUUGUUGCUAUCUCAAAGAUCGUAGGAACAGAUGUAAGUUGAUUUAUUUAGAGAAUUGGUUUAAUUGUUGUAUUCCAGCCCUUUUUGCCGCAACAAAAGAAGUAA